AUGGCUUGGGUUGAAAGUUUCCUGACUGCACCUCUUCCGGCUAUGGCAGACGAACAACAUCAAAUCCCCAAAGAAGACCUGGUAGACUUUUUCCGUAAACUUCAAACCAAGUCGGAAAAUAAAACAUGUUUCGACUGUGGCGCACGCUCUCCCGUGUGGGCGUCCGCGACGUUCGGCGUGUUCAUUUGUUACGACUGUUCGGCAAUUCACCGUAACCUGGGCGUCCACGUCACCUUUGUGCGCUCCAUCUCAAUGGAUAACUGGCAAAUCUCGCACUUGCGGAACAUGCGAGUCGGUGGUAACCAGUCGGCCACCGCGUUUUUCGCUUCCCAUGGUGGCCGCCGGCUCAUUGCCCUGGGCACCGAUGCCAAAGCGAAAUACGAGAGCCCUACUGCCAAGUCAUAUCUUGAGGAACUGAAGCGUCGUUCAAGAGCAAAUAUGGCUGAUUUCCCGGGUGAGCGGGUGCUUGAACUCUCUGAUUUGGGCGCUCUAACCGACAACUCAUCCAGUGCGUCGGUGUCCAGUGUGUCCAGCAAAGACAACUUUUUCGCGAGUUUCGAAAAGCCCCCCACUCGCAGAGCGACCCCCGGAUCUUUUGGCGCGACUCCGUCUUCCUCUGCUGCCGGAACUCCUCCAUUGGCUUCGCCUGCCCUCGGCCAAACUGUGCCCAAGCCCACUCGCACCAUUCGCACAGCGACGUCGGGCAAAAGCAUUCUUAGCACCAAAAAGCCGAGAGCAAAGCCUUCUGCAAACAAGGCCAAGGCUGCUGACCUUGACUUUGAUGCGCUUGAGAAAGAGGCCGAAGAGGAAAGCAAACGUCAACAUGAAGUGGCUCUGGACUCUAAGGCCGUCUCCAAAGCCUUUACUAUUGAGGAGGCGCCUGCUGUAGGCGUGGCGGCGGCUGCAAUGGCUGCUGCCAAAGAAGAUGCUGCUUUAGAAGCCGCAAACGCGCUAGCGGCGGGAUCAUCUGCCCCUGCUGAAGAGAAGCCCAAGUAUCAGCGCUUUGGCUUUGGUCAGACAGCUGCCAACGCCCCGCCGCCUGCUGUCAAAGCAAAACCUAAGGUUGUGGACACUUAUGAUCCUAAAACUAGCGAUAUCGCUCAAAAAUACGGUAGCGCUAAGGCCAUUUCAUCCGACAUGUUCUUUGGACGCAACACCUAUGACUCUGCCGCUGAAAACGAGGCUAAAACUCGUCUUCAAGGAUUCAAAGGUGCUACUUCUAUCUCAUCUAAUAACUACUUUGGCCGUUCCGAAGAAGUUGGCGAGUCAGGUAGUGCCCGUCAAGACGACCUGGCUAGCCAGGCCCGUGACAUUGCUAGCCGCGCUCAACAAAUCGCCUCUGAAGUCGAUUUUAAUGAUGUCAAAUCCGCUUUGGAGCAAGGUGCUACACGUGUCUCUGAAAUGAUGCGUGAUUUGCUGAUGUAG